GUUUUGUUAGGUGGAAAACUUGAACUCGCGGAUGCAAUUUUUUUUUUUUUAAAAAUUGCCAGCUAAGAGUUGCCCAGUUCUGUGACGACGAUGGCGUUACACCAGAAUGCAUUGGUGAUUCUUGCCAGUCUAGGCUCUCUGUUCUCGCAGACAUGGGCGCAAGAGGUCUCUGACAGCGCAUUUACGCGCCGCGGAAACCAUGUGGCUGCCGUGGUAGGAAACUACCUGUACCUCGAUGGAGGCGAGGUAUCACAGCUUGUAGACGGCAAAGUCGAAGAGCCAUGGCCUUCCAGAACAGUCAAUAGCACGUUUUCCAUACCCCUCGAUCAGCCAUGGACGAACAAAACGGUGGUCUUCAAAGAGACCCCCGUCGAAAACGAGUCUUCCAUGAACCAUGCCUCUGUCUGGACCGACGCAGGCAGCGACUCGACCGACGCCACCAAAAUGUACAUCUGGGGUGGCGAGCGAGGCUACACGAUUGUGACGGACGAAGCCAGGAAUCCACGCCUGCGCAUCUUCACCGCCGACGGCAAAGGCGGGGGCUCCUGGGCCCACGAGGAGCUUCCCAAGCCGCAGUCCAUCGUGCGCGUGGCGGGCCCGUCCGGGGUGGGCUGCGGGGGCUUCGGCUAUACCUUUGGCGGCUUCAGCAGCGAAAGGACCGACUUUCGGAUCCGGCAGGGCGGCCUGACGCCCGUCCCCGGGCUGAUCAAGUACGACAUCGCCUCCAAGUCCUGGACCAACGAGACCGCCCUCGUGCAUCCGCCGUUUGGAACGUUCCAGAUGGGCAGGGCCGUGUGUCUCCGCGGGCUGGGCGCACCAGGAAGCGCGGACGACAAAGCGACUGGGCUCGCCUUCUUCAUGGGCGGGGCGGCCAUCACGAGCAGAGACAUGUCCGAGACGACGCCGAUCGACUUUCAGAACGUCACUUUUUACGACGGCCGGCGCUGGCACUCGCAAAUGUCGACGGGGGAGGCGCCGCAGCCCAGGGUGCGCCACUGCAUCGUUGCCGCGCGCUCGGGCGACGCGGGUAGCUACGAGAUAUUCGUGUACGGCGGCGCGAGUGCGCUCAAGGUCAGCGAGAACCAGGGCUUUGCGGACCUGCACAUACUCACGGUGCCCGGCUUCCGGUGGUUCAAGGUCGACUAUUCCAAGAACCCUGAGCACCGCCGGCAGGGCCACACCUGCAACGCCAUCCCGGGGAAGCGCCUGAUGGUCAACGUCGGAGGGUACGAGGACGGGUUUGGGGGUGAGUCCUGGAGGACCACGGACCCUUGGACCAAGGGGAUUGGCGUAUUUGACAUGACUGCGCUUGAGUGGCUGGAUAGGUACGAUCCUGCUGCCCGAGCGUAUGAGUCUCUCAAGAUUGUCAAGGAUUGGUAUAAAAACGGAGGGCUGUCAACAGUCAAAUGGGACAACGAGGAAACCAAGAAACUCUUCUCGUCGAUAAACGCCGACAGCUUGGCCACGGGCAACACCGACAACGGCUCCAGUGGCGGUCAAGACGACUCGACUUCCGGAAACAAGGAGAACGGCAAUACAAACGAAGGAGCCGUAAGCGAAAACCAAAGCGGCGGGUCCAACAUUGGCGCCAUCGCCGGAGGUGUCGUGGGCGGGGUGGUCUUUCUUGCGCUGCUUGCUGCCCUUGGCUUUGUUAUCGUCCGACGCCGACGACUUCAAACAUCCCAGCGCGAGGAUGAUCAGGCCUCCUCACCUGGACUUGAUGCGUCUAACCUCAAGUAUCAGACAGUCUCUGAGAUGGCCCUGACCGACAAACCACAAGAAGUGGCUACGGUUAGCAGCGUUCAUGAGCUGUCUACCAUGUGCAAUGCGCAGGAGCUCCAGGGGUCUAGAGUGUUUUAUGAGUUGGAAACUCCUCAAAUGCGUCAGGAGCUGGCGGCGAGAUAGAGCUUGGUCUUGGGUAAUCUAGAAUACUGCAGCAAGUCCAACCGUUAGGUUUAAUAAGUGAUAAUUCCCAAUCCGAGACUAGGCCAGAUCGUGAGUUUUC